UGGCCGCUGCUCGGGCCGCGCGGGGCUCGCUCCGCCCCCGCCCCCCCUCGCCCUCAGCCAUUUUAGCAGCCCGUGGCGCCGCGGAUCGCGCUCCGCGCCGGGCGGGAGAGUUCCCCUUCAUUGUUACCUGAAACUACAGAGCUGUGUAAACACGAAACGGACAAGACCGCUUCCUGCCCCAAGAACCCCACUCUGAUCUAAUCAACACUUAAAAAAUCCCAGUCAUCGCUGUUGGAUACGUUGUGUCCACUGUUGGCUCUCAACGGUUACUAAAACUUUAACAGCUGCUCUGAAACAGAACUACUUAAGCUUCACUUACUGUUGCUUCUACACCAUCCUGCACUGCUGCUUUGCUCUUGUCUGCUUCAGAACACAAUAAGAGAGUGUCUUGUUUUAAAUACCUACAAUGAGACUUAGGCUAGAAGUAUGUGCCGUUCUCUUGCUGCCGGUGUACUUGUUGAUAUCCGUGUACAGUAUGCUUGUAUUUAUUCCAUGGUAUUUUCUUACCAAUGCAAAGAAGAAAAAGGCUAUGGCAAAACGUUUGAAAGCUAAACCCAUCUCGGACAAACCUGGAAGCCCGUACCGUUCUGUCACUCAUCUUGACUCGCUAGCAAACAUAAACAUUCCCGGAGCAGACACGCUGGACAAGCUGUUUGACCAUGCUUUAGCAAAGUUUGGGAAGAAGGACUGUCUUGGGACCAGGGAAAUACUGAGUGAAGAAAAUGAAAUGCAACCAAAUGGAAAGGUGUUCAAAAAGUUAAUUUUAGGGACUUACAGAUGGUUAUCCUAUGAAGAAGUAAAUGAGAAAGUGAAUCGCUUGGGGAGUGGGUUGACUGCCCUGGGACUGACACCGAAGAGUACUGUUGUCAUAUUCUGUGAGACCCGAGCAGAAUGGAUGAUUGCAGCGCUCACCUGCUUCAAGUACAACUUUCCCCUUGUUACCCUGUACGCCACCUUGGGUGAAGAGGCAGUAACCUAUGGUCUCAAUGAGUGUGGAGCAGCGUACCUGGUCACUAGCAUAGAACUUCUGGAGAGCAAACUUAAGACUGCAUUGCCACAAGUCUCCUGUCUUAAACACAUAAUUUACGUGGACAAGAAGACUAUCAAUAAAUCAGAAUACCCCGAAAAUGUGGAGAUUCAUAGCAUGGAGGCAGUAGAAGAGCUGGGAGCCAAACCAGAAAACUCAAGCGUUCUGCCAAGCAGACCUGUUCCCACGGACUUGGCUUUAGUGAUGUAUACCAGUGGCUCUACUGGGAGACCUAAAGGAGUGAUGAUGAUGCAUAAAAACUUAAUAGCUGGAAUGACCGGACAGUGUGAGAGAAUACCUGGACUGGGACCCAAGGAUACUUACAUUGGUUAUUUGCCUCUGGCUCACGUAUUGGAACUGACAGCAGAAAUUUCUUGCAUCACUUACGGUUGCAGGAUUGGCUAUUCCUCUCCACUCACACUGUCAGAUCAGUCAAGUAAAAUCAAGAAGGGAAGCAAAGGAGAUUGUACUGUACUGAAACCUACACUGAUGGCAGCUGUGCCUGAAAUAAUGGACAGAAUUUAUAAAAAUGUGAUGAGUAAAGUUCAAGAGAUGAACUAUAUUCAGAGAACUCUGUUCAAGAUAGGCUAUGACUACAAAUUGGAACAAAUCAAGAGGGGAUAUGAUGCGCCCCUGUGUAACAUACUAUUGUUUAAAAAAGUCAAGGCACUCCUGGGAGGGAAUGUCCGUAUGAUGCUUUCUGGAGGAGCACCACUCUCACCUCAGACACAGAGAUUCAUGAACAUCUGUUUCUGCUGUCCCGUUGGUCAAGGCUAUGGACUAACAGAAACAUGUGGAGCUGGAACAAUUACAGAAGUUGCUGAUUACAGCACUGGCAGAGUUGGAGCACCCCUUAUUUGUUGUGAAAUAAAACUGAGAGACUGGCAAGAAGGGGGCUAUACUAACAGAGACAAGCCUAAUCCUAGAGGAGAAAUUAUCAUCGGUGGACCUAAUGUCUCAAUGGGAUAUUUUAAAAACGAAGAGAAGACAACAGAAGAUUUCUCCAUUGAUGAGAAUGGUCAGAGAUGGUUCUGUACAGGAGAUAUAGGGGAAUUUCAUCCAGAUGGGUGCCUGCAGAUCAUAGAUCGUAAGAAAGACCUGGUAAAGCUCCAAGCAGGAGAAUACGUAUCUCUGGGCAAAGUCGAGGCAGCACUGAAGAACUGUCCGUUGAUUGACAAUAUCUGUGCAUAUGCCAAAAGCGACCAGUCUUACGUGAUCAGUUUUGUGGUUCCUAAUCAGAAGAAGCUGAUGGCAUUAGCUGAGCAGAAGGGCAUCAGUGGAAGCUGGGUGGAUAUCUGUAACAACCCUGUAAUGGAAGCCGAAAUACUGCGAGAGAUUAAAGAAGUGGCAAACAAGAUGAAAUUAGAAAGAUUUGAAAUACCCAUCAAAGUACGAUUAAGCCCUGAACCGUGGACCCCAGAGACUGGCUUAGUAACAGAUGCCUUUAAGCUGAAAAGGAAAGAACUGAAAAAUCAUUACCUCAACGACAUUGAAAGAAUGUAUGGAGGCAAAUAAACAAAUUAGGUCGACCAGACAGGUGUGCAGGUGGUUCCUUCUCAUGCCUCAGUUUUGGAUGUCUGUGUAUACUGUAGAUAUCACACGUUCAGAAAAUAUACCAAAUGGAUGAAUGUUUCUAUAGUCUCUAUCGAGUACAAUAGAGAGUUUCUUACGCUCCAGAUCUUAAUCGUUAGCAGAUUAGGCACUGAUGGUCUUCAUAGAGUUUCAUGUGAUCAUCUCCAGUUUUGAGACAGACAUCAUUGUGUGAAGCAGUAUGACCAGGUAAUUUGAUUCCUGUUUCUCUAGCAUAUUCAGACUGUUUGCAACUCCUCUUUAAUUCAUUCUGAAGUCUGGCCUAUAUUUCAAAGAGAAAAAUUAAUGUAAUUGUGAUGAUUCUUCUCACAUAGUAAGAUACUUAGCGAGGGAGGAAAAAAGUGUGUCAAAGUCUACCCUUUUCCAUUUAUAAAUGAAAAUGAGCACAACAUUAGUCAAGAAUUUGCUAGAGAUCACUAAUAAUGUACUGCUUGAGAAUGGAUUCUUCUGCACAUCAGUUAGUACCUUGAAUAUUUACAGUGCCUAAAAAAGAACAUGAACUACACUUACUGAAAUAAAGGUGAACCGAAAAGCUUUCUAAAAACAACUUAUUUGAAAUUUCAUUCAGAAGUGUUGAAUUAACUAUUUCAAUUUUGAACUGAAAUGCCUUUUUACUUGCUACUAUAUUUUAAUUCAAGCAGAGCUUUCCACUAGGACACAGCGCACGAAAGAAAACAAAGACCUGCCCUGCUACAGGAGGUACUGAUGAGAAAUCAUCACCUGAAUGCAGAAUGCAAAACUUGCAUCUUCACUGGCAAACAGCAGUGAAAUCGGUGGGCAGUUGUCUCUAAGCAGAUUGGAAAUUCAAAGGCAUUGUGGUUCGCUUUUUGAGGGGUGGUUGGUGGGUUUGUUUUUAAGGCCCUGAUCCUCUAGACCUUCACACAGAUGUGAGUAAUGGCACAGGUUCCUUGGAUGUCAUUUAGAGGAUCAGGGUCUAAAUGUCUGUAUUGACUCGAUGGAAAGAUAUUUCUGUUCACCUUUUACAUAGGGUAAGGUACCGGGGCAAGGAGAAACCAACUGUAGUUUCCCCAUGUAGUCAUUUUACUUCUGGAAAAGCAGCCUGUGGCCAGGGAAGCUUUGUUUUAUGAAACUUGUAAAAAGGGACAAAUCACUCUUUACAGAAAUUAAGUAUCAGAAUGUUCUCCUAUUAACUGGAAGUCAGAUGUGAAGAAGUGGGAAGAUAUAAUUUAAUAACAGUUCAUAAUUUGUGUGCAGAAUCCUAUACUGUGUCUUCUUUUGAAUUGUAACUGAGCUCUUGCGUCCCCGCUUGCUCUUCACACUUGAACCAUAAAUGCCAUAAGAAGUGGAGGCUCUCAAUACUGUUCUACUUUGCACUUUCUUAAUCAUUUUAUAUAUGUUGCUUACAUUUUGUACAGCUGUGGCCCUCAACUGCUAUAUAUUGCAAAUUCUUUUUAAAGUAUUUAUAGAUUUCUGUUCAUAAUAUUUGUGUUGUGUAUAUGAUGGUUAAAAAGAAAAACUAUUUGGUAUUGUCACUGUACAGAAAGUAAAAGAUUUUGUAUAAUGCUUCUCAUGAACACACGAGCUUGCAAUUCCAGGGCAAUUUUGUCCAUUACCGCAUGUAUGUGUAUUUUACUUUUUUUCCAGUUCAAACAGAUUUUAGUAAAAAUAAAUCAUGACUAUGUAUUCAUUAACUAAACCCUCCCUUCUCCUUGGGACCAACUUUAAACUUCGCCAUGCAUAAUUUUCUCUGGCCAGCCCAGAACACUGCCAGCUCCUCUUCCAAGAGCCCUGAAGGGAAAGGGGAAAAAGAGAGUCUAGUAUAUAACAGCUACUGCAGUGAGUGGAACUACAACAGUUACUAAAAAGAACAAGGAAAGGCUUAUUUAGAAAAAGAAAAUUUUAAAGCAUACAGUUGAUUUAUGACAACAGGAAAUCCUUCCCCUAUCAGUAGCAACUUUUUAAAUGACUCAAUCCUAGAGCCUCAUUACCCAUUAUUCCAUGUCUAAAAUUGGUCACUAUUAAAUAGCCAUUAGUCAGCCUGUUAGCAUCACGGAAGUUAAAUAACAUGUAAGAAAAUGAACUUGUACACGGGUCUGUCAGCAGGCUGUAUGAUUUUGGUUUUAAAACCAUGAAUGUAUUUAUAUGAAAUGUAUUUUAUCCUGACUGCAGGUGUCUUCUGUGUCUUGGUUGACUGAAGAUUGCUAUUUUCGAUAUACACAAUGUUGACAUUUCAAAAGUGGAAUACAGUUUAAAUGGUUCAACAAAUUUGUGUUCUGAAAAAUAUUUAUAUAUUGCACAAGUUGUCUCUAGUUCCUGUUGAGCACCUCACAUUCUUUCAGACUCUGAGCAGACCUUAGAAGAGCUUCUGAGGAGCAGCAGCAGCGAGCGCACACUACAGAUGCUGAAAACAAAGCCUAGAGUCCACCUGGUUCUUCUAAGAAUUGAACCAAAUAUGGAUGUGCUGCAAAAGACAAAUUGACAGAGCAUUUUUGGACACAGGUUACAUCCGCCUGCCUUCAAAUAUAGGGAUUAUUUGCAAAUACAAUACUUGCACUUUGGUAAGAACUUUAUCCCUAUUUUUAAUGAAUUUAAAUCCUUCUGUGACAGAGCUUGUGGAAAAGUAAGAAGCAGAGGAUGAGCAAGAAUGCCAUUCUCACAUUAAAAACAAGGAACUAGGAUGGAGAUGAUGUGAUAGCUUAUGAUUUCAAAAGUUAUAUGAAAUUUACAGGCGAUACAAUAUGGGGCUGAGGUGUGAGGGAGCGGUUCCUCUAUUAAAAAAGCUCAAAGUAGCUGCACAUUGUUCAGAAGCAGGUUCAGAAUUUAAAAUCAUCCUUCCAAGCCUGAGAAACAAAUUCAAAGAGAAACAAAAUCCAGUUUGGGCAUGUCCGAUACAAGAUUCAAAGCUACUUCAAAAGACAUGGGACAUCUGGAGAAAGCCAGCACACACCUACGCUUACAGUGGGGCUGGAAAGCUUCAUCUGUGAAAAGAUUAUAGAAUCAUAGAAUGGUUUGUAUUGGAAGGGACCUUAAAGCCCCAUCCAGUUCCAACCCCCUGCCAUGGGCAGGGACACCUCCUAGUGGGAUCAGGUUGCUCAAAGCCUCAUCCAACCUGGCCUUCAACCCCUCCAGGGAUGGGGCAGCCACCACUGCUCUGGGCAACCUGGGCCAGGGCCUCACCAUUCUCACAGGAAAAAAAUUUCUUCCCAAUAUCUAAUCCAAAUCUCCUUCUCUUUCAUCUUAAACCAUUAACCCCCAUCCAAUCCCUGCACUCUCUGAUCAAGAGCCCCUCCCCAGCUUUCCCAUAGUCCUUUUCAGUACUGAAGAUGUAAGGUCUCCAUGGAGACUUCUCCAGGCUGAACAACGCUAACUCUCUCAGUUUAUCCUUGUACGGGAGGUGCUCCAGCCCUUGGAUCAUCUUUGUGGCCUCCUCUGGACUUGCUCUAAGACUAUAGUUGAGUUUAGCUCUCCUGAAGAGGAGAGGUACGUGACAGGAGAUGGUUAACCUUCAGCUACUUACGGCGUUGCCCUCACAAAGGCACAGAGGGGCUGUCAGCAGUGGAAGAGUGGGAAAAGAGAGUGAAUUUACACUGAACGACAUUUAUGAUGAGACUUCCUUACUAAACCCUGAACACAAGGUCUCCAACACUGAAAGACUUUAGAACCUCCGAGUCAAUGAAGGUUAAACAAACACCUUUCAGGAACAGCUCUGACACACAACAUGGAGCGGAGGCUGUUUCCUGUAUGGAAUGCAACAGCCACGCUGCACGUGUCAUUAAAGAAAAGUAUAGGAAGAGAAAGUAAUGAGUUAUUCCCUUAAGAGUAGGUGAGGUGGUGCUCAAUCAACCCAGCAGUUCUAGUGCCCGUUACAGCCUGAGAGGACUUUGAGGUUAACACGAUGUAGGGAGCUGCCCACCAGGGCAGCCACGAUGCAGCUCCCAUCACGCACCUUCUGGCUACGUAAGGAACGGGACACAAGGCCACUAACUUUCAGCCAAGAAAAAAACCAAA